CAAAACAACGAAGAAGAAGACAGAGCUCUAAAUAUUUUGCUGUUUUGGCUUCUCGCGUCUUUAUCUAAACGAGCUUUUUUCCUUUCUUUCACUUAUUUUAACAAAACACAUGACUGAACUGACAUAUGGGACGAUUUUUCAUAAAGAAUUGCUCGUUGCUCUUUUGAGUAUGUUCUAAUAGCUGAAUCACCGCUUGAUUUUAUGAAGAUAACGUUACUUGUUUUGCUGAAAUAAUAACGUCACGUUUCUCCAAAGAUGGAGUCCCGAAAUAAGUUUGUAGCGGCCGCAGGACGGGCGAUAAUGGACCUCAUGCAGUCUGAAUGGGAGCCACUGUCUUACUGGGAGCUUGAUCAACGUCUGGACCGGGCAGUUGAGGAAAUGUUAGAGGCUGACAUUAUGGCACAAGGGCAUUCCUCUUCUGUUUUUAUUCAAGUUUCUCCAACAGAGGGUUCAGUUCCCGCUCAGCUGACACCCGAGUCAGGGCCACCUGUGUACGAAUCUGUCUCUGCGCACCGCGCACAGCUUCCUGACCCAACCGACGGACACCCUGCAGUUAAAUAUGUGACCAAUCUUCUGCAAAGCUCCAGCACAAACCAAAACAAGAACCGGUUGUCUGGAAGAGCUCGGUUGUCCUUGUCACACACUGUCCUUCUAUCCCUCACCCUCCUUUCCAAACGCAUCAGCUAUCGCAAUGUGUCCUCCAGUUUCCAUCUGGAGAAAGGAAACAUACAUAGGAUUUUCUCUUCGUUCUGUGAACGAGUGACAGCAUUACAAGAUCAGCUCAUUCAAUGGCCUACAGGACAGGGGGCAGUUCAUCUGGUUCCUUUCUCCAGCUGCCUGGCUCGCAACGAAUGCCUGGAAGAGAGAGGUCUCCCUCAAGUGCUUGGGGUAUUGGGAGACACACGCAUACCCAUCCGCAUACUCACUGCCAGGCAGGAUUGUGAAAGCGACGCUCCUGAUGCAAAGAGGCUUAAGACUGAUCCCCAUCCUGAUUCAUGGCUGAACUUGGAACUGGUCUGCAACACCGAGGGGAGGUUCAUUUACUACCACAUCAGCAAAGGCUCAGAAAGAAACAGAGGAAGUGCAUUAGUUGAACGACUCCAGCAAAACCCUGAGAUGGUGCCUCCGGGGACCUGCCUGAUAGCCAGAGUUGGAUACCCACUCACAGCGCAAAUACUAACUCCAUUUGCUACGGGUCAAAGCCCUCAAGAAAACAUUUAUAAUAGAGUGGUGGCGACCCAUCUGGGCCGAUUCGAGCAGGUGGUGGCCGACCUAAAACAGCGAUUCCUGAAACUGACAUAUUUGGAUAUGGGAAACUUUGAAAGGGCAAAAGCUGUUGUUCUGACAGCUUGUAUAUUAAACAAUGCUUUUUUGGAUAUGGGGGAUGUGACAAAGGGACUGGUAGAGAAAACCACAACAGAAGAUGUUGAAGAGGUAAAAGAUAAUGUGGAAGGGGUGAAAAUGAGGGACACUAUCGUAAAUCUACUUUACAGCGGGUUGGAAACGGGGACUUCUUAAGCAGAACAAAAGCAUUUUGUGACCAAUGUUAACAUUUUCUAAAAUACCAAAUAUUUUGUGGUAUGAAAAAAAUAAAAACAUUUUGCAUGAA